AUGAUAAAUAUAGCAAAGAAACUUUGGUUUAUAGGUUUCUUUUUUUUACCAUGGGUUUGGUUAAUCAAUAUUCUUUAUUUUGUUCCACAUAGAAAUAAUUUAAAUGACAAAGUUAAAUGGUAUUUAAAAUUUUCAUUAAUUGGAUUUUUUGCUUAUUCAACAAUAUUUAUGGCAUGGAUGGGAAUUUAUUUAGUUAAUAGAAACAAAUGGGGUGCAUUUGGUGAUAAUAUAUCAAUUACAAUUCCUUUUGGCUAA